CAGCAAGCAAAGAUGGAGUACGAGUGGAAGCCUGACGAGCAGGGACUCCAGCAGAUCCUGCAGCUACUCAGGGAGUCUCAGUCCCCGGACACUACCACACAGAGAGCUGUGCAACAUAAGCUAGAAGAACUCAAUCAGUAUCCAGAUUUCAACAACUACCUGAUUUUUGUUCUUACAAAGUUAAAGUCUGAAGAUGAACCAACACGUUCCUUGAGUGGUCUCAUCUUGAAGAAUAAUGUAAAAACACAUUUCCACAGCUUUCCAAAUGGGGUAACUGACUUCAUUAAAAGUGAAUGUAUGAACAAUAUUGGUGAUUCCUCCCCCUUAAUUAGAGCUACUGUAGGCAUUCUGAUAACAACCAUUGCCUCAAAAGAGGAAUUACAGAAUUGGCCUGAACUCUUACCAAAGCUUUGCAGCCUUUUGGAUUCUGAAGAUUACAAUACUUGUGAGGGUGCAUUUGGCGCUCUUCAGAAGAUAUGUGAAGAUUCUGCUGAAAUUUUAGAUAGUGAUUUAUUAGACCGACCACUCAAUAUCAUGAUCCCUAAAUUCUUGCAGUUUUUCAAGCACAGCAGUCCAAAAAUAAGGUCUCAUGCUGUUGCAUGCAUCAAUCAAUUUAUCAUCAGCAGAACUCAAGCUCUUAUGUUGCACAUAGAUUCUUUUAUUGAGAAUCUUUUUGCACUGGCUGGUGAUGAGGAGCCUGAAGUACGCAAAAAUGUUUGCCAUGCUCUGGUAAUGUUGCUGGAAGUUCGAAUGGAUCGCCUUCUUCCUCAUAUGAUUAGUAUAGUUGAGUACAUGCUUCAAAGGACCCAGGACCAAGAUGAAAAUGUUGCUUUGGAGGCUUGUGAGUUUUGGCUGACUUUGGCUGAACAGCCCAUUUGUAAAGAUGUAUUAUGUCGGCAUCUUACUAAGCUGAUACCUGUGCUGGUAAAUGGUAUGAGAUAUUCAGAGAUAGAUAUUAUUUUGCUGAAGGGGGAUACUGAAGAAGAUGAAGCUAUUCCAGAUAGUGAACAGGACAUAAGACCUCGUUUUCAUCGUUCACGGACAAUGGCUCAGCAACAUGAAGAAGAUGGUAUUGAAGAUGAUGACAAUGAUGAUGAUGAACUUGAUGAUGAUGAUACUAUUUCUGACUGGAAUUUAAGGAAAUGUUCUGCUGCUGCUUUAGAUGUCCUGGCCAAUGUAUUUCAUGAUGAACUUCUGCCAUACAUCUUGCCUCUUUUGAAGGAACUGCUCUUCCAUCCUGAAUGGGUAGUUAAAGAAUCUGGUAUUCUUGUGCUUGGAGCAAUUGCUGAAGGCUGCAUGCAGGGUAUGAUUACAUAUCUUCCUGAGCUGAUCCCUCACCUUAUUCAAUGCCUUUCCAACAAAAAGGCUCUUGUGCGCUCCAUUACAUGCUGGACUCUUAGUCGCUAUGCACACUGGGUAGUUAGUCAACCCCCAGACACAUACUUGAAGCCAUUGAUGACUGAGUUGCUAAAGCGUAUCCUGGAUAGCAACAAGAGAGUACAAGAAGCUGCCUGCAGUGCCUUUGCUACUCUAGAAGAAGAGGCUUGUACAGAGCUUGUUCCUUAUCUUGCAUAUAUACUUGAUACUUUGGUCUUCGCAUUUAGUAAAUACCAGCAUAAAAAUCUGCUGAUUCUUUAUGAUGCUAUAGGAACUCUAGCAGAUUCUGUAGGACAUCAUCUAAAUAAACCAGAAUAUAUUCAGAUGCUAAUGCCUCCAUUAAUCCAGAAGUGGAAUAUGUUGAAGGAUGAAGAUAAAGAUCUCUUCCCUUUGCUAGAGUGCCUGUCAUCAGUUGCUACUGCCUUGCAAUCUGGCUUUCUUCCAUAUUGUGAACCUGUGUACCAGCGUUGUGUAAAUCUGGUGCAGAAGACCCUUGCGCAAGCUGUGUUGCACAAUGCUCAGCCAGACCAAUAUGAGGCUCCAGAUAAAGACUUCAUGAUUGUGGCUCUUGAUUUACUCAGUGGUUUAGCUGAAGGACUUAGAGGCAACAUUGAACAGUUAGUGUCUUGCAGCAAUAUCCUGACACUAAUGUACCAAUGCAUGCAGGAUAAAAUGCCUGAGGUACGGCAGAGUUCUUUUGCGUUGUUAGGUGAUCUGACAAAGACAUGUUUUCAGCAUGUUAAGCCUUGCAUUGCUGACUUCAUGCCCAUUUUGGGAACCAACCUAAAUCCUGAAUUCAUUUCUGUGUGUAACAAUGCCACCUGGGCAAUUGGAGAAAUCUCCAUCCAGAUGGGUAUAGAGAUGCAGCCUUAUAUUCCAAUGGUGUUGCACCAGCUUGUAGAAAUAAUUAACAGACCCAGCACACCAAAGACAUUGUUAGAGAACACAGCAAUAACAAUUGGUCGUCUUGGUUACGUUUGUCCUCAAGAGGUGGCCCUCGUGCUACAGCAGUUUAUAAGACCCUGGUGUACAUCUCUGCGAAACAUAAGGGACAACGAGGAAAAGGAUUCAGCAUUCCGUGGGAUAUGUACAGUGAUCUCAGUCAACCCCAGUGGAGUAGUCCAAGACUUUAUUUUUUUUUGUGAUGCUGUUGCAUCAUGGAUUAACCCAAAAGAUGAUCUCCGAGACAUGUUCUGUAAGAUUCUUCAUGGGUUUAAAAAUCAAGUUGGGGAUGAGAAUUGGAGGCAUUUCUCUGACCAAUUUCCUCUUCCCUUAAAAGAGCGCCUUGCAGCUUACUAUGGAGUUUAACCUCCGUGCACUGUAGCUGCAGUCCCAUAAUUAAAGGUCCUUCAGUCUGGGAGUCUAUGAUGGAGUCUCUGCACCCAGGGAAACAUUACCCUUUACCGGGGGGAAGGGUAAACCAGUAGGGAAUACAGUACAAUCCCAACCGUACUGGGAGGGGUGGGAGGGAAGUUGCUGUCACUGUAUUAAGUCAAUGUUGGGAAAUGUUUAAACAUCUGGAGCCUUUGUAAGUUGAAAUCUAUCUCCUAUUACAACUCUGCAAUGGACGUGAAGAAGAAGGAAAAAAAUAUUCACACAACAGCACUUCCUGGAAUGUUGUGGGGAAUUGUACCAAAACAAGAAACACAUAAUUGAACUAUAGGGAUAUGUGAAGAAGAAGAAAACUAUUUUGCACACAAUAAAGGAAACCUAAGAAUGGGGGAUCACAAACAGUAAAAGGCUUUCUUUUUUUCUUUUAUUUUUUUUUAAGUAAGGUUUUUCUACAUUAUUUCAUCCUGCUUGAUGGGAUUCCUAGUAUCUGCAUGUUAAUGAAGAACUACGCAAAUGAACCUAGUACAGUUAAAAUGCAGCUUGUGUCUGUAUUAGGAACAGGCACUUGCAGUGUACAAUAUAUAAACCCCAUUGUAAACUAAUAAAGGUUAAUUUGGACAAAAUGAAGCAACCUGCAAGCUGCCAAAUGAGUCACUCCUUUCGUUUCUACAUUUUUUUUUUAAUUUAAAGUAGUAGAUAUGAUAUUUGAUUAUUGUACUUCAUUAGGUUUAAUUUCUAGAGUAAGGCAUUAUUCUUAGCAUGCAAUUUAAGGUUCAGGCAUGCAUUCUGGCUCAUAGUGAUCAGAAGUAAUUUAAAUUAGUGGGGGAAGUAGCAUGCUUUUGCAUUGCAUGGAGUAAAAUUGUUAUACAUUUACCUAUUUUUGCACUAGUUCUGUGUUGUGGUUUACCAAUUCAAUAUAGCCCUGCAUUUAAAAUUCCUUUUCUAAAAUUCUGUGGAUUUUAUUUUUAUUGAGAACAUAGAUAUAAAGUACUGCAGCUAACAAUUAGGCCUUGAAAUAUCUUUAGGAGCUGUUAACAAUAAGAUUGUAUUGUGUGUAACCUGCACAAUAUGGAAAGCUGAAAUAGCUGUGCAAAAUACUUGCCUCUGCUGUCAAUGUGAUGUGCUUUCUUCAUGGUUAUAUAGUGAUUUUUAUCAGAAUCUCUAAAAAUAAGUUACAUGGUAAGACCCGUUAAAGGCUGCAUAAAUGUUGGUUGGCACAUGAAGAAAAUUGUGAAGUUGAUGACGACUGCUCUAUUUGUGUUUAUUUCCUCUUAACAUAUUACCUUCUAUGCUUUCCUUUUGUUCAAAGCAUGAUCUUAAAGAGAUGUUUAAGUUUAUGUAUGUAAUGCAGGGUAUCUACACUGUAUUGAUUGAUGCAUGUUGGUGGCCCUUUGUGAUAUAGUUAAAUGCACAAGUGUGCAAGUUUAAAACUACAGAGUGAAAUUGGUUUGGAUCCUCUUCAUUUCAUUUGUUUAGCUUUUUUUGUAGGUUUUUCUUUUUGUUGUUUUUUUUUUUUUCUACUUAUAUGUAUUCCUGUAAAUAAAUCCUUGUUAAGUUAACCCUUUACUUUUCCUUCAAUGUGUAUUUUCUUAUGUACUGUGAAUGUGAAAUCCUAACUGGUACACUUGAUCUUGUGUCCAUCUCAAGUCUUUAUUAACUUAGAGCAUAAAGAAUAUCCCAUGAUGAUAAAGGAAAAUGGAGAGAUUUUUAACUCUCUGACCUCUGCUGGUCAGAGGUGAAGCCGCACCUUUCCAUUUUUCAAGUGCUGCAUAAUUAA